AUGGCAUCCAGCCAGAUCCACCCUCGUCGCCGCCCUCAAAUGGGCGCUGGUCCUCACGUAGAGACUCGGGACCUCCAGUUCCGUAAAAGUUCAACCUUUCACUCCCCAACUGGACUUCUUUCAGAGCUGUGUGAUCCCAUCGACCACGCCCGUUACCUGCCACGUCGUUCUCCGACAUCCCCCCAAGACCUCGAAGGUCUCUUGGCUCAAGGCCCCUCACGUCAUCUGCAGCUGCAGAACAUCCUAGACUCCUUUGACAAAGCGGUCUCUGGAAACAAAGAUGCGCGCUGUGACGCCAGUAUUCUGAGGGACCCCGAGGUGCUGGCUGUCCCAAGCUUCAUGCUUGCGAGCUCGGUGGCCGACUUUGAUCCAAUGGAUAUUGACAAGAAGAUCGCCCCCGUCGAUCAUCAUCACGCUUCCGACAGCGGAAUGGGCACCAGCAUCAGCGAGGGUGUCGAUGUCAAGAGUGCUCUCCGGUCUAGCACUCGGCUCUCCGUCCACUCAUCGGUCAUCAGCAACCGUUCUGCGGUCACUCAAUCUUUUUCCACCGUGGAUGCCAUCGACAACAAUUUCCGCCGUGCUCUGAGCAAGCAAGCUGCUGAGCACAUCGAAAACCGCAUCAUCAGGCCGAUUUUGGCUGAACCGGCGUUGAAGGACUUUCACCCGCUGGUAAAAGAUGUGCCGCGUCGAAUUGGCGCGAAGGUCAUUUCGAACCUGCGUGAUCUAGAAAAGACUCUGAUUUUCUUGGCCCCUGAGUACUCUGCAACCGCCAAAUCGUAUCUUCGGUUCUGCGAACGCUCGGUAAUCUGCAUACAAGCGACUGUCGACUUCUUGAACGAGCCGGAUAGACGACUUCCAACCGACCGACCAUACACUAACGGAUACUUCCUCGAUCUCAUUGAACAGAUUCGAAGAUACGCCGCAAUCAUGGCGGAAACCAGGAAGAAAGAGGCUGCGGGCGAGAAUUUGGACGAGAUGGAUUAUUCUAAGGACGAAACUGUCAUACUUCGCGGCGGCCUAAGCCACAAUGGUCGGCCUGUCGAGUUGGUGCGCCAGAAGAACGGCAAGACCAUACCGAUCACCGCUGAGAGUCCCGAGGACGCUAGUGCCUCCCCCGCCACAAUGAAGAGAAGCUUCGCUGGCGAUGAGGUUGAGGACGACGGUGUCCGACGCUCCAUGGCGCGCCGCCGGAAGUCGGACAAGCCUGGUGAUGUCGUUCAUGUCUGCCAUGACUGCAAGAAGGAGUUCAAACGGCCUUGUGAUCUGACAAAACACGAGAAGACUCACUCUCGUCCGUGGAAGUGUCGGGACCCUAAGUGCAAGUUCCACCUGGAAGGAUGGCCUACGGAGAAAGAGAGGGACAGGCACUGGAGCGACAAGCACUCCGCUGCCCCUCCAAAGCACGAAUGUCUCUGGAAGUGCGGAUAUGCGUCGAAGCGAGAAAGCAAUUGCAAACAACACAUGGAGAAGCAGCACGGCUAUGACUAUGUUCGAUCCAAGGGUAACGGCCGGAGGAGAGGCACCGAAGCCACUGGUCAAACCCCGCAGACGCCCUUGACACCCGUAAUGAAUACCCCUGGAUCCGCUCUCUUUGCUGUCGCCACGCCUCUCACUGCUUACGACCCAUCCCCAUCCGUCCAAUUACACCAUGACUUCGACGCAGACCAGUUCGGCUUAGACUCUGCCGCUGGUUUCGGUGAUUUUGAGCUGUAUGGCCGCCGAGGGUCAGGCACCACAGCAGGCACCGGAUUCACAUACUCAUCGAGCCACUCUCCGGACCAGCCCAUGAUCACUCCGGAGGAAAUGGACUUCGAUUACAACCCAGCCGUUCCCGCUCCUUUCGACUUCAAUCCCAGCUAUAACCUGAGUGGUCUACACCUUCAGCAACCGACGCCCGCGAUUACAUCCAUGGACGCCGGGUUCAAUUACACGCCUGCGGAAGUUCCCGAGCUAUCACCCAACGGUCAAGCGAACAUUACGCUCUUCACUCCCCACGAUAACUUUAUGGCGGACGAAGGAUUUCAUGAUGGUUUUGCAGCCACCACUGAUUUCACGCUCUUCCCAUCAGACCACGGUGCCGACUAUGGUGUCCCGGCUGGCGCUGAUAUGAUAGGGGACUACGCAAACUUCAACAGCGUUGGCGGCCAGUUCGACAUGACUACAAAUCCGCAGACGACUUAUGGCAACUUCGAUAACGAUUUGUUUGACUUUGGCGAGCAGUAG